CUCUGGUGCCAGCUUUUCAGCCAGGGGCUCUGAUGCUGGCCGCCGUCCGUCGUUCCGGGUCCGUGCUGCGCGCCGCUUCUGUCGCCAACAUGGCCGCUCGAGCACAACCCAGCUCCAACAUGGCCGCAUUCCGGAAGACGCUGGCCGAGUCCAAGCACGUGGUCGUGCUGACAGGUGCCGGCGUGUCGGCCGAGUCGGGCGUUCCGACCUUCCGCGGUGCCGGCGGCUGGUGGCGGAGGUACCAGGCAGAGAACCUGGCCACGCCCGGCGCUUUCCGCGAGCAGCCGUCGCUCGUCUGGGAGUUCUACCACUACCGGCGACACCUAGUCUCCGCCACGAACCCCAACAAGGCGCACCAGGCGAUCGCGGCGUUGCAGGCGCGGCUGGCGGCGGCCGGCCGGCGUUGUCGCGUCAUCACGCAGAACAUCGACGGCCUGCACCAGCGCGCCGGCUCGUCGCACGUGCUCGAGCUGCACGGCGCGCUCUUCAAGACGCGCUGCACGCGCUGCGGUGACGUGCGCGAGAACUGGGACGACCCCAUCUGCCCGGCGCUGGCGGGCACAGGCGCUCCGGAGCCGAACGCGCCGGCGGCGCACAUCCCCGAGUCGGAGCUGCCCCGCUGCCAGGCGGCCGGCUGUGGGGGACUUCUGCGGCCGCACGUGGUCUGGUUCGGCGAGAGCCUCGACCCGGACGUGCUGGAGCAGGCCCACACCGAGCUGGAGUCGUGUGACCUGUGUCUAGUGGUGGGUACGUCAUCGGUCGUAUACCCGGCGGCAAUGUUCGCCCCGAUGGUGGCCGAGCGUGGGGUGCCUGUGGCUGAGUUCAACCUGGAGCCGACGCCGAAGACGGGCGAGUUCGGGUACCACUUCGCGGGUCAGUGUGGUGACACGCUGCCGGAAGCCCUGGCGCCCUGACCCGACUCUGCUCCUGGCCAGUCAUACACGCGACUCGUGCACGAGUCCCAACUGUGCGCACGCGCGAACUCUGUACCCGUGAUGAUAACGAGGUGGUGGCUGUUAAAAAAGCGCCCGCUGGUGGCUGCUAAGAAACGUCCGCGGAGAGCUGAUGUAAUGCAUGCUCCCACGGUACGCCCGCGUCGGCCUGUUUAGCGGGCAUGAAUGGCUGUGCGCGGGCGCGUCUGCUUAUGGAAUGCAAUAUAUCUCCAGGAGAUAG